AACAUGGACGACACGCUCGCAAAGUUCUUUCCUGAUGUUGAGGGCAAGUUACGUGAGACCAAGCGCAAGUCAAUCUAUUUGUGGGAGUCACUGCGGGCUAAGAUCGCGGCGGCGAGUCAAACGACAAAGGGCGACCAGCUGAAAUUCAGCCGGGAUUUGGGGACGGGCCUGACGGUGACUGUGCUAUCCCCAGAUGGGGAGCGCGAGAUCGUCACGUGGAUAGACGAACUACGUGCAGAAGGCGCCCCUGUCUCGGCCUUCAUGCUGCAGCGGAAGGCGCUCGCGAUUGCUGCUGGUGAAGGGCUGUCCAAGGAUGCGCUUAAAGCCUCGUGGACAUUCCGUAAGAGCCAUUUGCGUCGUCACAUGAUCUCACUA